UGUAGACAAGGGCCCCUUUAAUCAUGUCAAGUUUUGCUUUCUGAAUGUUGUUGAAUUAUCUCUCAUUUUGUUCGAGUUGUAGUAACAAAAGUCGUGGCAAGAUGCACGUCAAAUAAUUUCUGAAAAAAGCCUAGCAAUAGUAAAAACUAGAGGAAACACUGAGUUCACUGCCGCCUGGUUUCCAUUCUCUCUUCUCUCUCUCCCCGUUGACUUCUGUCCGCAGGAACCAACAUGCCGGCCACCUUCGGGCACCUGGCCGGCGGCUACGAUGCUCAGUACUACGGUUACCUGUGGAGCGAAGUGUUCUCCAUGGACAUGUUCUUCGCUCGCUUCAAACUAGAGGGAAUCAUGAACCCGAAGGUUGGUAUGGACUACAGGAAGUACAUCCUGCGGCCUGGCGGCUCAGAGGAUGCCUCCGAGAUGUUGAGGAAGUUCCUCGGGCGGGAACCGAAACAGGAAGCGUUCCUGCUGAGUAAAGGACUGACCGUGGAGCUGGACGCCAGCACUCCUUGUCCCUGCUGACCAAUCACAGCAGACCACUCCACACACAGUUCACAGAGAACAACGGACUGAUGACUGAGGUUUUCUAAAAAGAAAAUAGUGACAAAAUGUUUCACGACAUGUACACAAAUUUGCAUCAAUAAAAGGAUUUGAGGAUA